CAGGAAAUUCAUUAAUAAUGUAUUACAAUUGUAUGCGCAUAUAUUUGAAAAUUAUCAACAGGAGGGUUAAACAUAAUUAGACUAGGUAUUUACAAAAUUAAAAUUUUCCAUUUACGAACUAAUUGCUGUUCAGUAAACAAUAGUCAAGAUGAACAAGUUGUAUUGCCAGUUGUUGAUGCUCUCUUUGUGUUUAUGUCCAGUGUUUUCACAGUUUAACUGCUUUGACUGCACGGGUGGCCCGUUGACUAAUUGUGGAAGUAUCCUUAGUAGAGAUUUGACCAGUAGUUGUCGAACGCAGUGUUACGAAGCCUACAUCGAAUACCAAAAUGGUGCACUACCGUUAAUACAACGACGAUGUUGGGAAAAACCAAGAAAUUCGAACGCCUCGUCAUAUUGUGAAUGGUUCCGAUCAUCUCAAGUACCAAUAAAUACAAAUGCAAGAAUGAUUUCAUGUAGAUCAUGUAAGACGGAUAGGUGUAAUGGUAACAAAAGUAUUGGACGACGCGUAGUAGUACCUGCUCCAUCGCGAUGCAGUUAGACUAGAAUUUGGUUUUUGUCUAACAACCUGUUAAACCUAGUAUAAAAUACAGUUA